GUAAUCUUUUCCCUUUUGUGCAUUUGGGAUCCUCCUCAUGUAUCAAAGUCUUAAAAGGCUUUUUUGUACUAUAAAGGAGCAAAUGAACCCACCAAUUUCUUAACCAAUCUUCCCCUUAAUUUUCCACUCAACAAUUGCUUUUCUAAGUUCCUCUCUCAUUUCUCAACCCCAAAAGGCAUGGAUUUCUUCCACACCCAAAGGCAAAGCCAACAAAAACGCCAACCAAAGCAUAGCGACAAAAGGAGGCUAACAGAAGACCAAGUGAGGCUUCUAGAGAGAACAUUCACCACCAACAAGAAGCUUGAGCCUGAGCUCAAGCUCCAACUAGCAAGCCAACUAGGUGUGCCUCCAAGACAAGUUGCCAUUUGGUACCAAAACAAGAGAGCAAGAUGGAAGACACAGAGCUUGGAGCUUGACUACAAUACACUCCAAGUGAAGCUAGAAAACGCAUUGGCUGACAAAAGGAGAUUAGAGAAGGAAGUGAUUCAGCUUAGAGACGAGCUAAGAAAGGCUCAAGAAAUGGUGUUUGCUCUCAGCCAAGGGAUGGUUCCUUCUCAUCCUCAUCAUCUUCAUCCUGCUCUUCCGCUUCCACCUCCUCUUAUUGUUUCUUGCAACUCUUCUUGUGAUGAAGGAGGUAGCUCUAGCUUGCAUGAAGAAGUGAAUGGUGAGGUUUUGCAACUUGAUGAGCUCUAUGCUUGUUUGAUUGGCUCUGGUGGUGGUGGAUCAGCGUGGGAUUAGUGGGUUCUUGGCCAAAUUAAAAUAUUAUUCUUUUUUUUCCUAGAAAAACAAGUUCUUGGGGCCAUGGUUGUGUACUGCUUGGAAUUGAAUUAAGAAGUCUCUUGAGAUUUUGGCUGGAUAAUUGAGUAGGUGGUGUAUUGAUAUUGAGUAGAAUGAAUUAAUGUUAAUGACCCUUGUGAAUUAAUGUUAAUUUUCACAGGUACUUACUAUUUACAACAGAUUUUGGAGCCUGGGGGCUCAAUUGUAACAUCAUUUCACUAGUCUACCCCUUACAUGUUGAAUAUGUAAUUAGACUGACAGUUAGUAGUUAAA